CCUGCUUCAACUUUCCCUCAGUCGAGCAGAAGCGGUAGGCGUUGGCCUGUGACUGUAUUUGAUCGCCAUGGCUACCGUUUCCCGUCCUGCCUCCCCUGUUGUCAUUGCAAUUAGCCCAAAUUCAACCUUACCUUCCCUAUCCAUGGUUGCUGCAGCAGCUGAAACUGGUCCUGUUAACGUGGUAUCGAAGUCCACGGUGUUCCCCGAUCGCGCGUCGGCGCUCGGCGAGCUCCGGCUCUCGGUGUCGGACCUCCCGAUGUUGUCGUGCCAUUACAUCCAAAAAGGCCUCUUUUUUACUGCUCCUUCGAUGCCCAUUCCCGCCCUCUGCUCCCUCCUUGUUUCCUCGCUGGCCCGCGCUCUCUCCCUCUUCCCCGCACUCGCCGGCCGCCUCUCCACCCUUCCCGACGGCCGUAUCGUCGUUGUCUGCAACGACGCUGGCGCCGACUUCGCCUACGCUUCUGCUCCGUCCCUUUCCCUUUCCAAUCUUCUACCCUCGUUUUCUGACGUGCCUACUGCGGUCAAGGCGCUUUUCCCUCUUGACGGCGCUGUCAGCUUCCACGGCCACUUCCUCCCGCUCGCUGCUUUCCAGCUCACUGAGCUCGGUGAUGGAGCCGUCUUCCUGGGCGCCGUCGUCAACCAUGCCGUCGUGGACGGCACCUCGUUCUGGAACUUCUUCAACGCGUGGGCGGAGCUCUGCCGCGGUGGGGACCCCGCGCCGCCGGACUUCCGACGCAACUACUUCGGUGAGUCGAAGGCAGUGCUGCGGUUCCCCGGAGGGCAUGGCCCCGAGGUGACAUUCCCAGUGGAUGCGCCAAUUCGGGAGCGCAUCUUCCGCUUCAGCCGUGAGGCAAUUCUGGAGAUCAAAUCGAGGGUGAACGGCCGCGUCAAUCGCCACGGCGGCGGUAAUUUGACAGCCGAAAUUCUCGGGAAGCAAGUGCACGAUCGGAAAAUGGCGGAUGGUGAAUCGGAAGAGAUCUCAUCGUUCCAGUCGCUUUGCGCACUGGUGUGGAGGUCGGUGACGCGGGCACGAAAGCGGCUGUCGCCGGAGGCGACGACGACGUUCCGUAUGGCGGUCAAUUGCCGGCGCCGAGUGUCGCCUCCAGUGGCGGAGAACUACUUCGGGAACGCGAUACAGAGCAUCCCGACGCGGGCGGUUGUUGGGGAGGUGGUGGAACGGGAUCUCCGGUGGGUGGCGGAGCUGCUGCACCGCGGUGUGGCGGCGCACACCAACGAAGCGGUGCUGCACGGAGUGAAAGAGUGGGAGGCCGCGCCGCGGUGCUUCCCGCUGGGGAACCCGGACGGCGCGGGGCUGACCAUGGGCAGCUCCCACCGCUUUCCCAUGUACCAGGGGAACGAUUUCGGGUGGGGGACGCCUGCCGCGGUGCGGAGCGGCCGGGCCAACAAGUUCGACGGAAAGAUGUCUGCUUUCCCGGGCCGUAAGGGAGGCGGAAGUGUGGAUUUGGAAGUCUGCCUGGCGCCGGAGACAAUGGCGGCUCUGCUCGGCGAUGAAGAGUUUAUAAACUACGUCGACUUCUAGCAGCGCAGCGGCGGAGACGAUCCUCACUGAGUCCGCGAUAUUGGCAGGCAGGAAGUUAAUAAAAAUCAGCAAUUAACUGCAACAAACUAUCUCUAGUCAAUCUAAACUUAGAAGGGAUAUUGCUUGUCGCUUUCAGUUCUCUUCCAAAAAAAAAACUCUAAUGUCAACCUGUAUUGUUCCAGUUUUAUAUUAAUAUUAAUUUUCUGUCAGUAAUUUGGAUA